AUGAAGACGUCGAUGCUGAUGAUGGUCCAGAUAUUGAUGUCGUCGGUGCUGUCGGCGGAGCUGUUGAUAGAGAUCCCGCUCGUGGUGUCGUUCGUGCUGUCGUUCGUCGUGAUGACGAAGGAUGCGACAGUGACGGUGACGGCAGCGCGCCGAUGUGGGUGACGGGUGUAGCUUUGUUCCAGUCAGGCCGCACCGUAGAUGUCAUGAUUGAUGUUUGACGAGCGGCGGCGCAGGGCAGCGCUGGGGAAGUGAGGUGCGAUGGAGUACGGCGACAGGCGCGGCUUGCCAGACGCGUGACGCCAAGCUUAUCAACGAUAUCAGGACCGCUACUGGCAUCGGAUGGGACGAGGAAAAUUGUCGCCCAAUUCAAAACGCGGAGCAAUGGAAGACGGUGAGCUACUCUGGUUGGUUUGUCGCGACGCGUCGCUUACUCAUCCUCCGAUUGCACCAGGCAAUCGCCAAAUGCCCCAGAGGGGCGAUCAUCGAGAAACGACCAUCGAAAUUCUACUACCCUCUGACGUUAGUGAUCCUGGGGAAGGACUACGCCACAGAUAGUGAUGGAUUCAGCUAUGGGGACGACGCGUCGAAGACGACGCGAACCCCGUCGGGGCCAAAGCUCGGAAGCUGGAACCCUCGAGCUUUCAGAAGAAAAUGCUUCGGAAAGUGCGGGUGA